UCGUAGCAGAGUCAACCGUUCGGUCUUGGAGCGUGCAGUGCAACCUCAACAUGAUCAAGUUUUUUGUGGGCGCGUUGCUGUUAAGCGCUUCGCUCGCCAGUGCUACGCUGUUUAAGAAGAAGAUCGUCCUCAGUUCCGAGGGUGGGGAUGGGCACGGAGGUGGCGGCUUCUCCCUCGGUGGUGGCACCUUCGGCCUAUCGUUCGGUGGUGGUCUAUCGGGAGGCGGGCAUGGAGAUGGACACGGAGCGGGUCACGGUGGUGGCUACGGACAGGGCGGUGGAUCGUACGGUGGUGCGGGAGGAUCGGGCGGUAGUUAUGGUGGUGGCCACAAUGGAGUCGGCAACGGUGGUGGCUACGUGAGUGUAGAAGCCCCCGCUGGUCACAGUGGAGUUGGAACGGGCGGAAGCUUUGGGCAUGUAGGAGUCCCCGCCGCAGGAGGCCACAGUGUGCACGCUCCGUCGGAGCACCUUACGCCGCCGGCCAGCUACCAGGGAGGUGGCAGCAGCUUGGGAGGUGGCUACGCCAAUAGUUACGCCAGUAGCCAUGCCAGCGCGGGGGCCAGCGCUGGAGGACACACCGGCGGUUCCGGUAGCGGAGGAUCAUACCAAGGCCCUGCUCAAGGAUCGGGCUCGUACGGCGGAUCACACCACGGUGGCGGCUACUCAUCGGGCGGUCAUCACGGCGGUGGUGGCUUCACGAAACAGAUCACCGUCACCAAACACGUAGCCGGUCCGCCGGCGCCACCGAUCGUCGUCGAGAAACCAGUUCCGGUUCCGGUCGACCGACCCUACCCGGUGUACAUCGAGAAGAAGGUCCCGGUGACGGUGAUCAAGGAGGUUCCCGUCGAUCGACCAGUCCCGGUGCCCGUACCGAGCGGAGGCGGCGCAGGAUACGGACAGGGACACGCCAGUGCGAGUGCCAGCGCCAGUGCCCACGCCGGAGCCAGUGCCGGAAGUUACGGAGGAAACUACGGAAGCGCGUCCGGGGGUUACGGUGGAGGACACGGUGGUGGCCACGGUGGUGGCAGCGGUGGCCAUGGUGGGCACGGGGGCAGCCAGGGGGGACUGACGUUCACCAAGACCAUUUCGUUCGAGAAGAACUUCAACAAACACAAACACCACUUCCACCAUCAUGGCUGGUAGACCGAGUCUUCGGAACUCAGAGCUUCAAGAGCCGUAAACUAAUAGAAAAGUAAUCAGUGGGCACAAAUGUAUUGUAAAGAUAGAGAGAGAGAGAGAGAGCAAUAAAACUACA